AUGAACUCUCCCAUACUGGAACCAUCCCUAUACACUGUCAAAGCUGUUCUCAUUCUAGAUAACGACGGAGACAGGCUCUAUGCAAAGUAUUAUGAUGACACAUACCCUACAGUCAAAGAACAGAAAGCCUUUGAGAAGAACAUAUUUAACAAAACCCACCGGACAGACAGUGAAAUUGCUCUACUGGAGGGUCUGACAGUAGUUUACAAGAGUAACAUAGACCUCUUCUUUUAUGUGAUUGGAAGUUCACAUGAAAAUGAGCUCAUGCUUAUGGCCGUUCUCAACUGUCUGUUUGAUUCACUCAGCCAGAUGCUGAGGAAAAACGUUGAAAGGAGGGCUUUGCUUGAAAACAUGGAGGGACUUUUUCUUGCAGUGGAUGAGAUAGUGGAUGGAGGGGUGAUUUUGGAAAGUGAUCCUCAACAAGUUGUCCAUCGUGUGGCCCUUAGAGGAGAUGAUGUGCCUUUAACAGAGCAGACAGUCACCCAGGUUCUCCAGUCAGCCAAGGAGCAGAUUAAAUGGUCCCUCCUUCGAUAG